CUUGCUCUUGCACUCGACUUGAGCACAUUGGAGCACUACGUCUUCUUUGCAAGAUUGCUAUAACUGUGUGUCAGAUAAACUUUUUAACGUGAUUGAUGACACUAGCACGACAUGCUCUUUGAUACUAUAUGAACUGAAUGGAAACUGGACCUCGUGACUUCGUACUUUACCAGAUUGUAUUCAUUCUUAUGACCUUGGACUUCAACUGAAUGGUGGGGAGAUAGAGCAGGAACGACAGAAGAUAAGAAUCACCUAAAGCCCAAUCUAGUUUAACGGGCUUCUGAUGCUGGAAAUCUGCCUCUGGUAUAAGAUCAAAUAAGAUCAAUGGCUCGUUACGAAAGAUUAUAUACAUCACAUAAGGAUAACCUAAAACCAGGUGUUUAUGUAAUAGAAUUACCUAAGGAUCAAGUUCUUAGACUUCCAGGGCCCAGGACUAGAAAGAUUGAAGAUGCCUCUCUGCCAAUUAGGUGUAAAAAGCAUUCAUCUUGCCUGCCCUGGAUAUUACGGUUUCUUCUCUUCUUAAUUGUAUUAGUGGUUAUCCUUGUGGCCAUUCUAUUCUUAGUUUUCCAGCCAAGAAUACCCAAAUACUCUGUGGAGGAUAUUAAAGUACAUGAAUUCAAUUUGAGCAGAGAGUUAGUUGUUAUGGAUGUUAUAAUCAGAGCGAAAAAUCCGAACAAAAGGAUUGGUAUUGACUACAAAAAUAGCAAUCGUUUGUGGGUCUCCCACUAUGAGACAGUUAUGUGCAGGGGCAGUCUUCCUGGAUUUCACCAGGGUCAUAUGAAUACUAGUACUUUAGAGGCAAGACUUACAGCAAAUGGGCUACAUUUUCCUAAGGAGCUUAGUUCCAGUAUAAAGGAUCAGCAGAAUGAUGGAGAUGUGCAUUUGAAUGUAGGGAUGGAUUUUCCCGUGACAAUCAAAAUGGGCAUCUUAAAAUCCAUGAAAUUUGAUUUCAAGGUCCGAUGUGACCUCAGUGUAAUGAGGCUCUUGUCUAACCAGACUGCAGGAAUUCAAAGAGGAAGCUGCAGGUUGAGAAUAUGAGGGCAUAGAAAAUUUUACCAUGGUUUUAAU